AAGAUUAAUCUGUGUCUGUGCUAAGGUGUCUGCAAGAGCAGACACAAUUUGGUUCCAAUAAAGGCGGCCUCUUUCUUACGAUAAAGGGGAUCGUGAAGCAAUCUUUUUGAAUAAUUUUUAAAUCUCAAUAGAUAGUGAAAAUAUGGCUUUGAAUAUUUUGAGAUGCCGAAUUGUCGGUGGUUCAAUUCGCCAUCUGAAAGAGGCCGGUGGUCUUCUAACCGUUAAAAUUAACAAUUUCGAUACGCCAGUAUGCAGUGCGUCCAAGGACAGUGAAAAGGGCUACAGAUUGGAGAGAGAUACUUUUGGAGAGCUAAAAGUACCGGCUGACAAGUAUUAUGGAGCUCAAACGCUCAGAUCUGUUAUCAACUUUCCAAUUGGCGGUCCUUCUGAACGGAUGCCAUAUGGAGUAAUUGUCGCCAUGGGUAUCCUGAAGAAAGCAGCUGCCGAGGUGAAUAAGGAAUACGGAUUGGAUCCGAAAAUUGCCGAUGCUAUUAGUAAAGCUGCGGAUGACGUUAUCAGUGGAAAACUUUAUGAAGAUCAUUUCCCUUUAGUUAUCUGGCAAACUGGUUCUGGUACGCAGACCAAUAUGAACACAAACGAGGUGAUAUCUAAUCGAGCUAUCGAAAUACUUGGCGGUAAACUUGGCUCGAAGACACCUGUUCAUCCCAAUGACCACGUUAAUAAGUCCCAAAGUUCGAACGACACUUUCCCAACGGCAAUGCACAUAGCCGUUGCCAUUGAGAUUAACAAAGUAUUGUUGCCUGGUUUGGAACAAUUGCACGCUGCGCUCAAGAAAAAAUCCGAAGACUGGAAGGAUAUCAUAAAGAUCGGUAGGACACAUACACAGGAUGCUGUUCCACUCACGCUCGGCCAGGAAUUCUCAGGAUAUGCCACUCAAAUUGAAUAUGGAAUUCAGAGAGUUAAGGAUACUUUGCCAAGACUGUACAUGCUUGCCCUUGGUGGCACUGCCGUUGGAACUGGCUUGAAUACGCGAAAAGGAUUCGCUGAAAAAACUGCAGCAAAAAUUGCCAGUCUAACCGGAUAUCCGUUCGUUACAGCACCUAAUAAAUUCGAAGCAUUAGCUGCGCACGAUGCGAUCGUUGAAGUUCACGGUGCAUUGAAUACCGUGGCUGUGUCUAUCAUGAAGAUCGCCAAUGAUAUUCGAUUCUUGGGCAGCGGACCUCGUUGCGGCCUUGGAGAGCUUUCUUUGCCGGAAAAUGAGCCAGGAAGUUCGAUCAUGCCUGGAAAAGUUAACCCUACUCAAUGCGAGGCCAUCACUAUGGUUUGCGCUCAAGUUAUGGGGAAUAAUGUAACAACCACUAUUGGUGGUAGCAAUGGACACUUUGAACUUAAUGUUUUUAAACCUGUCAUGGUUGCGAAUACUUUGAGAUCUGCUCGGCUUCUUGGUGAUGCUUCCGCAUCAUUCACAAAGAACUGCGUCGUAGGCAUUGUCGCUAAUGUUGAUAACAUUCAGAAAAUUAUGAAUGAAAGUUUGAUGCUGGUUACUGCCCUGAACCCUCACAUUGGUUAUGAUAAGGCUGCUGCAAUCGCUAAGCAAGCUCAUAAGGAGAAAAUAACCCUGAAGGAAGCUGCUCUGAAAAAUGGUCUGACUUCUGAACAAUUCGACCAAUGGGUGAGGCCUGAAGAGAUGUUGGGACCUAAGUAAUAAAGAGAGAAAAAGAAAGUUGUCGAAACAAAAGUAAAUCGUCAAACAAAAAUCAUGCAGAAAAUGUUCUGUAUUAAUUUGGAUCGUGUAUAUAAUCGUUGAGGGAUCUAUAAAACAUGAUCCAAAGCAAUACGCACUUUGAUAAUAGUAUUAAUGAAAGCUUUGUGAGACAGAAGUAUAUCGUUAUAAAUAUUAAAAUACAGUUGAGUUUUAUUUAAAAAA